UGGACGAGAAUCGUAAAAAAGCGCUAGUGGCCGCACUCGGCCAAAUCGAGAGACAAUUUGGUAAAGGUGCAGUAAUGCGCUUGGGAGAUUCUACCGCUGCACGUGGCAUUGAAGUGGUAUCCACCGGUUCUUUGGCACUAGACGUUGCAUUGGGGAUUGGCGGAUUGCCAAAAGGGCGAGUAAUAGAAAUAUAUGGCCCGGAAUCUUCGGGUAAGACUACGCUUACUUUGCAAGCGAUCGCAGAGUGCCAGAAAAAUGGUGGUACUGCCGCAUUUGUGGAUGCGGAGCAUGCAUUGGAUCCGGUAUAUGCAGAAAAGAUCGGGGUAAAUGUAGAUGAUCUAUUGGUUUCCCAGCCAGAUACAGGUGAGCAAGCGCUGGAAAUUACCGAUAUGUUGGUUCGUUCUGGUGCAGUAGAUGUAGUGGUAGUGGAUUCAGUUGCAGCGCUCACACCGCGUGCCGAAAUUGAAGGCGACAUGGGUGAUUCACACAUGGGCUUACAGGCACGUUUGAUGUCACAAGCAUUACGUAAGUUGACUGGUAACAUCAAGCGCUCCAAUACCAUGGUAAUUUUCAUUAACCAAAUUCGUAUGAAGAUUGGUGUGAUGUUUGGUAGUCCGGAAACUACAACGGGUGGUAAUGCACUGAAAUUUUAUGCUUCGGUUCGUUUGGAUAUUCGUCGUAUUGGUGCAAUUAAGAAAGGCGAUGAAAUUCUGGGUAAUGAAACCCGCGUUAAAGUAGUCAAAAAUAAACUUGCACCUCCAUUUAAGAAAGCCGAGUUUGAAAUUCUUUAUGGUGAAGGUAUUUCCCGUUUAGGCGAGCUGAUCGAUAUGGGUGUUGAACAUGAUCUAGUAGAUAAAGCAGGCUCAUGGUACAGCUAUAACGGUGAGCGAAUUGGACAAGGUAAAGAAAAUGCUCGUGGCUACCUUACCGAGCAUCCAGAAAUGGCAAAUGAAAUAGACGAAAAACUUCGUGCUCAAUUGCUACCUAAUGAUGACGAUCUUAACCAAGAUGUUGAAGAAGGCGAUCAGGCUGAGGAAGCCGCAGCUGAGGUUUGA